CGUUUAGUGGAAGUAUGUGUCUGGGGGGGAUGUGUGUCAGUUCCUAGUGAAGAGACAGUCCAGACCAGAUAAAGCAGUGGGUGAGGUUAGAGAGAGACAGGGGGUUUAAAUUGGACAGUCACUCGCCCCCUUUCUUUUGUCCAGGGCCGCGACCCUCUAUUCUGUAUAUAUGGAGAGCGGUGAUUGGAGGGAAGUUGAAUGGACUAGCCUCCCUUUUUGGCUCUGUCAUUAAGCACCGUUAUUCCAGAUUCAUUGUUAUUCAGGUCGAGCGCUUUUCAACGCUGCAGCGUCGCCUCGGUUUAGAGUCUUUUAGUGGACGACGCUGACCGGCUCUGGAUGGAGAGGAUAUUGCUGAACUAAAAUACGAAAGAGAGAAAGAAAGAAAGAAAGAAAGAAAGAAAGAAAGAAAGAAAGAAACGUUACCUGCUUUUGUCGAGACUGUAUAGGGUAUCGUAUAGAGUGGAUUACACAGCAAAAUAUAAUUAUUUUAAGGACGCAAGGGAGAGAUAUCGGGGUUGCAAAAACGGAAUGCAUCUUGAGAAAAUGCAUUUUUUUUAAUUGUUUGUUUUAAUCAAGAUGCAAUUUAAUCAUUAAAGAAGCGCGGAAAAGCGUAUAUGUGUGUGCGUUAUGUUGACGGUUUUAUAGUUUUGUAAGAAUCAUAAACAACUACACAUUUUCAUUAAUAAUAAUAAUAAUAAUAAUAAUAAUAAUAAUAAUAAUAAUAAUAAUAAUAAUAAUAAUAAUAAGGUGGCAAUAGAAGUUAAUGUUUAAAAGAAAAACGAGACGUUUUAGCAAAAAUAAAAAUGUUAAAAAAAGAUAAGUGAUCAUUUGUUCUUAAACAAUGAAUAAGGCAACUUGUUACUAAAUGCGCGCGCGUGUGUGUGUUUAAAUAUCGGUAAAGCAGGUUUAAGACUAUGAGAUAUAAACGCGUUGUAUUGUUUAAAAUAAUUUAAAUCAUUUUCACAUCAACUAGAGUCUGCGUUAUUAAGACAACAACUGAACACAGGACGGAGAACCCAGAUAUUUCAGACAUUUGCAUAAGAAUUUUAAAAAAGGAUUGCAUUAUUUUAAGGCCGUUCAGAACAAGCAUAGCCAAACUUUUUAUUUUUUUUAUUUUUAUUAAAACAUUUUGUUAUCGUAAAAAAAGAGUCAUUCUGUCCUCCGGGUUAUAUCUGUACAAAAUCAGCCGUCGGCAGAAUAGCAGCUACCAUGUCCCGAUCUGACGAAGUAAACAAAAUGACAGAGAACGUGUACAAGGUAAUUCUUGAGCAGUUCAACCCCGGUCUAAAGAAUUUCGUCAUUAUGGGAAAAAAUUAUGAGAAAGCCUUAACUGGGGUCUCUCUGGCUGCUAAAGGAUAUUUCGAUGCUCUGGUCAAGCUGGGAGAGCUGGCCAGCGACAGUCAGGGAUCCAAAGAGUUGGGAGACACACUUUUCCAAAUGGCCGAAGUUCACCGACAAAUUCAAGUGCAGCUGGAAGAAGUGUUGAAACUUUUCCACUCUGAGCUGCUUUCCCAGCUGGAACAGAAACUUGAGCUGGAUCUGAAAUACCUGACGGCCACUCUGAAGAAGUACCAGGGAGAGAGGAGAUCAAAAUCAGACUCCAUCGAGCACUGUCAGUCUGAGCUCAAGAAACUGCGGAGGAAGAGUCAGGGGAGCAGGCACCCCCAAAAAUACGGGGACCGAGAGAUGCAGUUCGUGGAGUUGAUGAGCCGACGGCAGGGGGAGUUGGAUCAGCUGGUUGCCGCGGGUUACCGCUCGGCGCUUACGGAAGAGAGGCGGCGCUAUUGCUUCCUGGUGGACCGUCAGUGUGCCGUCACCAAACACUUCAACAUGUACCACAGCAAGGUGAGGGAGCUGCUGUCUCAGAAGCUGUCUUGCUGGCAGGCGUCCUGCUCCCAGCCCACCAGACUGCCAGAGAGAGCGUUGAACCUAGUGCGGCAGACUGCAGCCGGCUCCGGGAAUGCUGGGAUAGCCGAGGUCCUCCGAACUGCUAAACUGGGAAACACAGCAGCCCUGGAACUGGGAGGAACUCAUAGGCUCUCUGUACAGGAAGUCCCGCCCCUCCCAAAUGGCGCCGCCCACCGCAACCGAGGAAGAGACACGCCCACUAACAACGAGCCAUCCCAUAAUUCCUCCGCCCCCGCCUCUCGUUCCCAGACACCGGUCUCCCAUCAUGGACCCCUUCUCUCAAGUCUUUCCAAUCCCCACAAUCCGCCUCUUUCUGUAACCCCAAACACCAUGGUUACCCACAAUGCACCACCCUCAUCUCAGAAUAGUUCCCACAAUGCAACGCUUGCCUCGCAUCUGUCGGUUACUCAUAACCCGCCUCUAUCCAGACCACAGAGUCCUCCACUAUCCCACAAUCCUCCAGUCUCACGCUCCCACACCCCACUGGACAGUCAGAUUCUGGUAGAAGAAAGGGAACGUUUACCUCCUUCCCAUGAGCCCCCUCUCACUCAGCACCUCCCUCCUCCAGUGUCCUACAAUCCCCCUCUGCUCAAGGCCAACGAUAUCUAUGCCACCAGCACCCUGCCACUGCCGCGGAAACAAGGAAUCGAGGCUAGACUGCAUUUCCUGGGAGGGACUCUGCCCCGUGUCUCUCCCUCCCAUCCUUCUCAGGUCCUCGCUCUCUUCCCUCACUCUCCUCAAGGGGGUGGGCUGACAGAGGCAGUGGGCGGGGCCUCGUUACUUCACUUCCUGCCCGGAGACACGGUCGCCCUGCUCAUCUCGGAGCCGAGGGACGGCUGGCACUACGGAGAGAACGAGAGAACUGGCAGGAAAGGCUGGUUCCCAUUUUCAUACACUCAGCCUAUUCAGAAUUCCCCUGACAGUCCAGACCCGAGCCCCCCUCCCCCUGUCUCGAAGCUGAGUGGCAGCGUUGGGAACCUUGACAAGAUCGGCACCACAGGAUCAAACCACGUGAACGGGGAGGAGGGCGAAGACGGGUACACCCCCCCUCCUAGAGUUAGUACCUUCCGACCCAGGCCCUACAGCAUGAUGAACCCAGACAUCUCACAGCUAGUUGUCGAUUUUGGAACAACAACAUCCUCGCCAAACAGAAACCCGUUUGCUCACGUGCGUCUCAGAAGGACGGUCACUAACGAUCGCUCUGCGCCCCUCAUCCAAUGAGACGCUCCCUGUGCCAGGAUCCACCAAUCACAGGACGGGCACGACCAUGUUGUGUUUUUCUGUGUUCUGUUGGGGUUGGGAUAAAUGUUGCUUGUAUUCCAGGCUGGGGAAACUAGGGGUGGGGGGUCAAUUAGAACGUAGUACUGUUUUUUUUUUUUUUAGAGUUACUUGGUGUAACGGGGUGGAGACUGGGCACGAACCUGCGAGCGUCUUUACCCACAAUGCAAAUCUUUGCCUUAAGGAAUGCAGUGAUCGGAAACAGUUUCCUCUGUUUUCCACCGGGGGCAUCGUGUUUCCACUCUGCUUGCCCCGUUAUCUGCGCCCGUUCUCUCUCUCUCUCUCUCUGUGUGACGAAGUCCUUUGUCUCCACCAUUGUCCUUCCUAAGAGGGUAGAAACUGAACAGGAGGUUUAUAAACCUAAAAGACUUGCCAGUGUUUCAAAAGAAAUCCUGGGUUUUGCGUGGAUGUUAUUAUUUAUUUCUUAGCAGAUGCCCUUAUCCAGGGCGACUUACAAUUGUUACAAGAUAUCACAUUAUUUUUACAUACAAUUACCCAUUUAUACAGUUGGGUUUUUACUGGAGCAAUCUAGGUAAAGUACCUUGCUCAAGGGUACAGCAGCAGUGUCCCCCACUGGGGAUUGAACCCACAACCCUCCGGUCCAGAGCCCUAACCACUACUCCACACUGCUGCCCAAGUUGCUGGAAGGAUUGUGCAAGUGAGUAAGAAGGAUUGAAGGGUGAUGCAUUUUCUAGAGGGUCGGCGUGGGGGGUGCAGGAGAUUUUCCGGGAGGGGUAGAGAGAGGAGGAUGGGGGUUAGAUAGGAUGAGAAUGUGAUGAGAGAGGGGGGAGAUGUGAGAGAAUGAAGGAGAGCAAAGUGAAGAGGAGGGAGAGGGGCGCGGUGCGGAACGUUUGAGAAGCAGUGUUCUAGAACUCUGUAAAGAACACUUGAUGAUCGAAACUGAGCUGGGGUCAAAGUUCAACGGAGUUGAACGGAGCGUGUAUUAAACAUUCCAUUAACUAACUAAUUUUGCCAAAAAAAUAAAUAGUAUUUGCAAACACUGUAUUACAAAAAGCAUUAUUUUAAAUACAUAUAUUUUAUGGGGUUUUUUUGUUAGGAGUAGAAAAAACAAAUGCUCACUAAACCUGAAAUGAAUCGAUUGUAUUUGCCCAGGUUGGAAAUCCAGAAGCACUGUAAUGCUCAUCGUAUCUUUCUAUUACUUUUAGAUGGAUCUGUGAUUUCUGUUCAAACGGGUGUAUUGCUAACUGUGUAUUUGAAUAACUGGUUCAGAAAUUGAGAUUUUCUAUUAAUUGUGAUUAUUUUUUAAGCUUACUGGUCUUCACAUUGCAUCUACUUUUAUCAUUUCACACACAGGGCAGGUUUACUUAAUCAGGCUUUAGUUUAGUUUAGUUUCGUCUCUUCACUUUGUGGCCUCAGGGCCAGCACAGGUACAUCUCAAUAGUGAAACACUAAUACAAAGAGAGGCUCUUUUUAUUUUGCUUUAAUUAAUUUCUUUUUUUCUCUAAUUAAUCUUUCGGGCUGAUCUUAAUUCCAGUGGAAAUGACGCCCGGUUGAAUCGGACUAUUUGUCUUUUUGUAGUAAUGCAAAUAUCUGAUGUAAAUGGAAUGAAAAAUAAAAACUAAAAAUACAUUUUAGAAAAAUCA